UACGUUUAACAUGGUGUAGUAGCGCCAUCUACCAUAGGCCUUUGCACAGAUUAGUUUAAAGUUUUUUUUUUUUUUUUUUAUAUUGGCAACACUGGUAAGCAUGGUGGGACGCUCCGAUUUUCACGGUCGUCAUUCUGUGUUAUCUCACCGUAGCCUGCGCACACAAACUACAAGCACUACAAGCCAUAUAAUGGGGAAAAGAAAACGAGAAGAAGAAGAAAGAAUUACCAAGAAAAUAAAGAAGUUGGAAAGGAAAUUACAGCGACGGAGACGUGUUAUCUCGUCGGAUGAUGACGAUUCAGAUAUCGAGUUGCAAGUUUUGCCCUCGCUGACACCAUCAAGCUCGCCGGCAGCCACACCGAGAGCAUCCCCAAUCAAUCACGGAGAAGCAGGUUUAGACAUGCCUAGUUUGAUCUCUCCUAUACCAAGAACGCCAUCGCGUGAUCUCGAACCCAAAGAAUCCACUGUGAAGGUGGACCUUCCUUUGGCAGUACCAGGACCCUCUACCGCUCCAGAUAUCGGUUCCACUAACGUCUCAAACCAAGAGGAGGAGACUGAACUGGAUGAUGACAUCUUACAAAUUUUGGGCGAAGCUCCACAGCCAGAUUUAGCAUUGGGGAAAAGCAUUCAUAAAGACAUCGCUUCCCGUUGGCAGGAUAUAUUGCUCAAAGGUUUGCCAAAGGAAGUGAAAGAGUCGAUCUCGAAGAAAUACCUCAUACCGGCUAACUGUCACUUUUUAGUGGCACCCUUAUUGAACCCCGAAGCUAAGGCUGCCGUCCCAGAGGUUCUGGCUAAAAGAGACACAACUAUAAUGCAAAAGCAAAAUCAGAUUGGGGUUGCUUUAGCCGCGCUUUCUCAAGUCUCAGAGAUGAUUUUAAGAAACGAGACUUCAAAACAAGCGCUCCUUCAACCUCUAAGUGACGCUUGCCGCAUUUUAUGCGACAGCCAUAAUGUGGAAACAAAAACUCGGCGCAGCAUACUUAUGAGUUCCAUCAACACAAGUCUACGCGACACGCUCUCUAAUGCAAAUCGCGAUAAAUACUUAUUUGGCGAGGAUUUGGCAGAAAAGUUAAAGGUUGCCAAAACCGUUCAAAAGACGGGUGAAUCCCUUCUUAAGACCAAUCCAGUUGCAUCUUCAAGCAAGACAAUGAACUCUAAAAGUAACCCUAAGAGGAAUUUAAACUUCAGGGGUCCAACUCAAAGAAGACCACCGAACAGAACCAGCGAGUCAUCGCGAGGACGACCUCCAGGACGGCAGACACGCGCGCCGACCUACUCGCGCCCCCCGCCGCCUCCGCCGAAAGCACCUUCGCCGAACACGAGGAAUUACCGUCGAUAAAUACACAGAUCGAGCCACAGCCUUCACCGCAGCUUAACAUUGGUUGCCGCGAGAUUAUCCGGAAAACUUUACUAAAUAAAUUUUUGUCACCACGAUCUGUAGAAAUAAUGCUGUCAUCCUUGUCAAAUAAUACUUACAAACAAUAUGAUGGUUGCAUAAAAGCCUGGAUAAGUUAUUGUUCCAAACAUAAUUAUG